AUGAAUCGCCAUGAAGGAGUCAGCUGUGAUUCUUGUUUGAAAAAUAACUUUAGAGGACGACGAUACAAAUGUUUAAUAUGCAUCGAUUACGAUUUAUGUGCCGCCUGUUAUGAGUCCGGUGCAACAACAAACCAACAUACAACAGAGCAUCCUAUGCAAUGUAUUCUUUCCAGAAGUGACUUUGAUCUCUACUAUGGCGGGGAAACACUUGCACUUGAACAGCCACAGGCAUAUACUUGUCCUUUUUGCAAUCGAAUGGGCUUUACAGAUACUGCUCUCAUGGAACAUGUCACUGCAGAACAUGCAGACACUACUUUAGCUGUGGUGUGUCCAGUUUGUGCUUCAAUGCCAGGUGGAGAACCAAAUUUUGUAACUGAUGACUUUGCAGGCCAUCUUACACUUGAACAUCGAACUGGACCAAGGGAUCUCAUAUCUUUUCUGGAUGAGCCGAGCGGUAUCCGACACGGAGGAGUGCGCCGCAUGCCGCCCUCGGGCCGCGGCGUGAGUCGCGCGCGCCGCACCAACAUGCAGUUCAGCACGAGCGGCGGCAUCUCGUCGCUGUCGCCGUCGUCGCGCGACGCGGUGGUGGACCCCAUCGCGGAGCUGCUGUCGCAGCUGUCGGGCGUGCGGCGCGGCGCGCAGCCCGGCACGCCCAGCCAGCUGCAGCAGCUGCAGAUGCAGUUGCAGCUCGAGCGGCAACAGGCCUCGGCCGCCCGGCAACAGCUAGAGCGGCUGCCGCGGAGGCCGGCGGCGGUGAGCUCGAGCACGAGCGCGCCGCCGCCCGCGCCGCAGCCCGCCGCGCAGCCCCCGCCGCAGCCGGACGCGGCCGACUCGCAGUACCUUCUUGCCGGCUUCCUUGGUGCAACGAACGGAACGGACGUCGCCGAGGCAGAGUCCCGCGCGACGCUCCUCCGCGGGCUGAUGCUGGCGUCGCUGGGCCGCGCCGCGCCCGCGCCGCCGCCGCCCGCGCCCCGCGCGCCCGCGCCGCCCGCGCCGGCGCCCGCGCCCGCCCCCGCGCCCGCGCAGCCGCCGCCGCGCGCCAAGCCGCAGCCGCGCACCAAGGUGCCCGCGCCGCCCGACCCGCCCGCGCUGCCCACGCGCCCGCGCCCCGUC